UAUACCGAUAUUCUUCAGUCCCGUGUUGGUUCUAUUGUUCCCUCUUACAAUUCUUCGGCAACAGCUUUAGAGGGUUCCGACGAGCGGAGAAGAUGGUCCAGCGGCUCACUUACCGUAAGCGGCACAGCUAUGCCACCAAAUCCAACCAGCACCGCGUCGUCAAGACCCCCGGUGGGAAGCUUGUGUAUCAGACCACGAAGAAGAGAGCCAGUGGUCCUAAAUGUCCUGUAACUGGAAAGAGAAUUCAAGGGAUUCCUCACUUGAGGCCUGCUGAAUACAAGAGGUCUAGGCUGGCUAGGAACCGUAGGACUGUAAACCGUGCCUAUGGUGGUGUACUGUCUGGCGGUGCUGUUAGAGAGAGGAUUAUAAGAGCUUUUUUGGUUGAAGAGCAAAAGAUUGUGAAAAAGGUAUUGAAGAUCCAGAAGGCAAAGGAAAAACUAGCUUCCAAGAGCUAGAAUGUCUGGUUUUAACGCAUGAACUCUUUUCCAUUUUAUAUAUGCUGGAUGAAAAUUUUGACUUGGAUCAAUGACUUGUUAAUUUAAAUGAUUUUGGAAUUAGCUUCGUUCUUGUAGUUGCAUCAUUAUUUUGAAGUUUCUUCUGCUAGAA